GCUGUUGUUGCUUGCUGAUGGCUGAUGGAUGAUCAUUCCCCUUUUUUCCAGCGCUGUUUGAAAUCUCUGUCAAAGGCUGGAUCGAAGAAACCACUCGACCGAUGAUCGACGGUAUCGUUCAAGCAAUUGUCCAGGCCCACGAACGUUUAGAAGCCGGCCAUAUCACGCUCAACUCCGGGGAAUUACUGGAUACCAACAUUAACCGAUCUCCCAAGGCAUAUUUACUAAAUCCUCCGGAGGAACGUGCCCAAUACAAGUAUGACGUUGACAAGACAAUGACUCUGUUGGGAUUUCACACGCGUCACAAGGACAUUGGAUUUGUCAACUGGUUUGCUGUACAUGGCGUGUCAGUCAACAGCUCAAACCGGUUGGUAAAUGGUGACAACAAGGGGUAUGCGGCAUAUGCAGCAGAACAUCAUUUCAACGGUGGGCCAGAACAACUUGCUGGCAAGGGCCCAUUCGUGGCUGGAUUUGCGCAAUCCAAUGAGGGAGACGUCAGUCCCAAUACAGCUGGCGCUUAUUGUUCAGGAACUGAAAUCCCAUGUGAUGGAUCGCUUGACACAAAGUGCCCUGGAUCAUCAAAGUGUUUUGGAAGGGGCCCUGGUUGGGAAGUCAGUGACUAUGAAUCAAACCGGAUCAUUGGAAAAAACCAGGCGGAUAUGGCUACAAAGUUGUUCAAGGAGGCUACACAUAAACUUGAUGGACCAGUGGACUUUAGACAAAAGUACUGGGAUAUUACGAAAGCGCAGAUCAGGAAAGUUGAUGGCACAGUAGGAACACCUUGUCGAGCAGCCAUGGGUUAUGGAUUUGCUGCCGGAACAACUGACAAUCCAGCAAUUGACGGUAUCUAUCAGAACAUGACGCAUGGAACAUUUUUUUGGGAUUUGCUCAAGAAUAUUGUGAAGCGGCCAAGCAAACAGCAAGUUGAAUGUCAAGCUCCAAAGGCUGUCAUUCUGGAUACGGGUGAAAUGACCUUUCCUUAUGAGUGGCAGCCGCAUAUUCUUGAUGUACAGCUAUUUAGAGUUGGUAAUUUUUACAUUGCCGCUGUCCCCGCAGAGUUUACGACAAUGAGCGGCCGUCGUCUUCGCAAGGCUAUCAAAGAAAAACUGAUUGAAAUGGGAACUGGCAAUAACGAAACGGCCGUUGUUCUGUCAGGCCCAGCAAAUGGAUAUGCAUCUUAUGUUACAACCUAUGAAGAGUACCAGAUGCAACGUUUUGAAGCAGGAGCUACUGCCUACGGCCCUUACACAUUAGACGCAUAUAUCCAAGUGUUUGAAGAACUGGCCACUUCACUUGCAACCAACGGACUCGUUGUCGAUUCUGAAGAGCUUCCCGAUUUGACCAGCAAGGCGUUCAGCUUGGUGCCGGGUGCAUGGCCUGACCGUCCACGGGUGGCGAAAAAAUUCGGCAAUGUGAUUCGAAACGUAAAAGCAACACAACGCGACCGAGAGAUCGCUACUCUGUAUGGCAUGAGCGGUACCACAGUUUCUGCAACGUUUGUUGCAGGCAAUCCAAGACACGAUGUCAUGCUUGGGAAAACGUUCUUGACUGUCGAAAGAAAAUUGCCAAAUGGUGAUUGGCAAGUUGUUCGAAACGACCAUGACUAUGAUACACGUUUCCGGUGGAAAUACACAAAUCGAUUAUUAGGUCAAUCCGAAGCCGUUGUCGAGUGGGAUAUUGGAAGAGAUACUCCAGCUGGCAUUUACCGUCUAGGAUACUUUGGCCACCAUAAAGAAUUCAUCUCAAGGAAAAUUAUUCCUCACAAUGGCUAUUCAGACGAAUUUACCGUUGAGGGACCUUUAAGUGACGAAGACUAUUAUUGCUGUGAUGCGGAAGCAGAUCACAGCUGUUACAACACAUCUUUCAUGUUUCGAUACAUGCAUCCAUUCAUGGGAUACCAUCACAAAUAAGAAGCACGACAUAUCUUCUCUGUCAUGUGUCCUUCGUAUGAUCCAAACCCUCCAAUUCUUUUAAAGUUGAACCUCUAGAUAGAUCUAUUCCGUCCCCCCAACCUUUCCAAUAUCGUAAUGUACAUACAUGGAUGAGCGACGUUGUUUUUUUUUUAUUAUAUAUCUUCAAGGAAGUCGGAGAGGCUGGUAGACAUGCAAUUGUGAAGAGAAUUGGUAGAGGUGGGGGGGAUAUGGUAGUUGUGUGCGUGUGUGUGUCUGUUUAUUGUGCAACGAAUGGGUUCUCGAUCUCUUCGCUACCG